ACGCCGGGAACUGGAGGCAGGAAAGACUAAAUAAAAACCGAGCCUUUAAGAAAACGAACACAAACGCUCCUCCUGUUUUAAAUGUAUUAUCUCUAUAUUCUGUUAUCUUCCGUAGAGUGUCCGCAUCCGAAGCCUGUCUGGGGUUGGGUUUUUCCAGAGUUUUAACAGUCGGAGGAGGUCAUAAGUUAAAGGCUUAUACACUGUGAGUUAACGGUUUAACUUUGGUGACGCCGAGAGGUGGAGAAGAGGACUCUCUCACAAACGACCGUUACACUCCGAAAAAGAGGAGCGGAAGAAGCCAAGCAGACAAGGACGAGGAGAGUGAAAGCACAGGGAGAGUGCAGAAGUGGGAACGAAGGCAGCGAGCGCGAGAGAGAGCUGUGACAUGGGGAAACAGAACAGCAAGCUGAGGCCCGAGGUCCUGAACGACCUGAGGGAGAACACCGAGUUCACCGACCACGAGCUGCAGGAGUGGUACCGCGGCUUCCUCAAGGACUGUCCCACCGGCCACCUCACUGUGGAGGAGUUCAAGAAGAUCUACGCCAACUUCUUCCCCUACGGCGACGCCUCUAAGUUCGCCGAGCACGUCUUUCGCACGUUCGACACCAAUGGCGACGCCACCAUCGACUUCAGGGAGUUCAUCAUCGCCCUGAGCGUGACGUCACGCGGCGGACUCGAGCAGAAGCUGCGCUGGGCCUUCAGCAUGUACGACCUGGAUGGAAACGGGUACAUAAGCCGAGCGGAGAUGCUGGAGAUAGUUCAGGCAAUUUACAAGAUGGUGUCGUCAGUGAUGAAGAUGCCCGAGGACGAGUCGACACCGGAGAAAAGGACAGAUAAAAUCUUCAGACAGAUGGACAUUGAUAAUGACGGUAGAUUGUCGUUGGAGGAAUUUAUCAAAGGUGCCAAGAGCGACCCGUCCAUCGUCAGACUGUUGCAGUCGGAUCAGGGAGCCUCUCGUCAGUUCUGAGGACAGAGACGAUCACACACACACACACACACACGCUCAUAUCAUUCCAGCUUCUACGCUGUUCGGUCAUCACCACGUCGCUGCUCACCCUCCACACUCCACUGUCUUAAUGUUUACAUUAAUUGAUAUUCUUUUUUUUCCACUGUGGCUCCUUCUCUGUGGACUAUGACAUGCUUCUCAGUUGUGUAUAUGCAUUCUUCCAAAGCUCUUUCUGUGCCAUAUUGUAUAUUUAUACUGACUGCAUUAUACGCUUGCAAGUAUUAAGACUCCUGUUAUGUUACAUGGAGAGGAAACUGAUCACAUCACUAGGUGUGAGGGGAUUGGACUUAACUGUUGUUUGAAAAGUGGCUUAUUGUUGCUGUUCUGAACAAGCUCCAUACACCUUGGGUAUUUGCAUGCGCUCAGUGAUCUGCGUUUUCUGAUAUUGUAACAGUUUACGUGAAUAAGGAGGCCGCGCCGUUUGUUUUUAUUCCUUUUUAUUUUUGUAACAAAAUGUCGUUUUGUUUUCACACAAUUGAAAUAAAGUCGUGUAAGAAAAAUAUA